AUGUCUCAGCGAAUUUUCUUCUCAGCUUUCUUGAUUCUGUGGCUGGCGAGCCGCGCAUCUGCCGAUGGCGGCGACGACUUUGCCAGUAACCUCGCCUCGGAUCUUGGGCCGAUUAUUGCCCUAUUUGGUGAACGGGUAGUCAUGCAAUUCAUGAGCCAGGCUAUGGGCAUAGCAGACUGCAUCCUGUUGGCCGUGGCCCCAAUUGGAGCCAUCACGACUGUUGUAAGCGCCAUCAGGGUAGCAGGACCAGCAUGGCUAAAAUCAUUUAUCGGACGAGCGAGAGAGAACCUUGCUGCGGCAGAGGUAGAGGUCAUGUCAUCUACCUCAACAGAAACUUGCGAACUUUGGAAUGGCAACAGCGUGGUCAGAUGCCCCGGGUCGGCCGAUAUUUAUCAGUUCAUCUGUUUGAUCCCGAAAAACAAAGCAAACGAAGAUCUAAAGUCAUUCGAUGUUGGAUGCACAAAACUACGAGCAGGUGUCCAACAAAAGACGGAGAAGAAGAAUAGUGGGAAUGCUGAGGAACUCCAAUCCGAUGGCCAAGCAACUGAACAGGUUCAAGAAGAAACGAGGUGGUUCAUAAAAACAAAAAGAACUGGGCCUCCAUAUAUUCGGCGGGGCUUCAGAAAAUGUAUAAGCCUGGCGUCAAAGAAAUGGAAGCUAGUCUCUCCGUUUCCUUCCCAUGCAAUCCAAAACACCGAAGAAGAUUUAGACAAAGAUUUAGAAAAAAAUGCGUCAAACAUGGGCUCUCCCACAAAACACUCUAAACGUUCAAGCCCAACGGCAUCCACGUCAUCACAAAGUAUGGAAGGCAUGGAAAUCAUUGUCCUUGAGGAUGUAGAUGGCAGCGCUCCAAACCUUCUACUCAACUGUCACGAGAGAGUCGGCCGGAGCGCAAUCUAUCUUGCGGCUACUAUUGGUCUAAUUCUGCAGCUUGGAGCUGUGAUAUAUUUUGGUGUUAUCACCUAUCACAAACCUACAAAGAACACAUUCUUGAAAGAUGGUCGAAGGGUGGUCAAAUACGCUUUCCCGUGUGCCGCGGUGGGAACUCUGCUAUUAGUUCUUGGCUUGUUCAUUUGCUCUUGGGUUGUUACUGAAAGCACUGACGAAAUAUACUACGAAGCGAAGAACCACCAAAUAUAUGUUGUCUGGCUACAAAAAGAUCACACUGUGAGCGACCAAGUGUUCAAACCAUUUGCGGUCUACCCGACUAGCAAACGAGAAUAUGUUACACUCUCGCGACGGAAUAUCAAGCAUCGACCGAAUGAAUUUAGGGACCUUUUUCUUAUCAUAAUGAAUAAGUUAUUCAAAGACAGCCGCCCGGUUGAAAUGUUGAAUCAUUAUUACCAAGGAAAGUUAAAAAUGGGCGAGAAAAAUGGUGAUUACAUGAAAGGAAUUCUUGACCAGCCGUUGUACUGGCCAUUGAAAUUUAUCACAUUUAUUGGCGCUCUUAUUUCUCUCAUUGGAUUCAUUUCGCAAUUUAUCGGGAUGCGAGGAUUAAACUGGACGGCAUCAAUUGUGCAGCUUGGCAUCACAAUAGUGGUAACUAUACUACGUGUCAUAGUCCGACGUGGUUUAGGGAAACCUCCAGCUCAUACAUCCUUGAACCCAAAAUUUGAGCUCGACUGGUUUGUCUUGAGCCUUAGAGAUGGCGAUACAGCGCCUUGGGCCAAAGCUGAUCACAAUUCAAGAGCUUCUGGCAACCGAAAUAACGAUCCACAAGAUGAAAUGUCUUCGAAAUGGGAGAUUUGUCCCGGGGGUGAACUGACAUAUCAUGAGGACGACAACGAGCCUAUCAAAGCUUCAGAACCUCAUAAAAUUAUGCAGAUACGGAAAAGGCUGGGAAAGCUUUCUAAGUGGAAAAGUCCAAUCCAGGAAGAGGCUACCCACCUAUCAAGAGCCCUUGAGGCAGUCGCGAAUACAUUCUUGAGAGGGCAAUCAAAAGUUAAAACAGUCGCCAACACAGGCUCGAGUGGACAGUCGAAUACUGAAGCAGUCUCCAAUACAGGCUUGAGUGCAAAGCCAAAAGAAAACUAUAAAUGGAGUAUCCCAGCGAUUUAUACAGCAAAUCAUUUAGAAGGGCCCGUCGAAGGCCAUAUCCACAUAAUUAUAUAUAAAGACGAGCAGCAUGGAUGGCAAGUUGACGAAGCAGAAAUCGAAGCCAUUCUCUCUCUAUGGUUAUACUCAUCCUCACCAACAGACCAUCAUAAAGAUAGUCGACCACGACAUUUAAGAGUGUAUGGACCAAGUAAAACCGAAAAGCGCCUAAAUAGAGACCUUGAGUGGUGGAUGCCCGAAAAUAUCCCUCAAAACUUCAAGUAUACAAAAGAUGAGAUUACCAUACUCACUCAAAAAGGAUCUGAACGCACGGUCGUGGGCUUUAAAAUCGAACACGGCAGUGCAAAAUUACCCACCAAGACCCCAACUAAGAAAUAUUUUGUUCUAGAAUGUCAAGACAAUCAGCAAAGGCUCUUCUCGCGGGAAUUAUUCUUUUCAUUUAUGCGCGCACUUGCAAAGCUGCCCGAGAUUGAUACUUCAAGCGCAUCAAGCGAACAUCCAUUAUCUUCUAGCACAAUAACUAAAGAGUGGAAUCAUAUGAGAUUGAAGAACAACACUAUCUCUAACUUAGCCAAAAGGUUGGAAAAGAUCGGAUUCGGAUCAUUAUCGGACAUAUACAUUGAUCUAAUUAUGCCUCUCAGCCUUGAACAUAAGCUGACAGACGUCAAGAAUAUUAUUGAUGGCGUUUCAAAGGAAGCACGUGAAUACGAACGCUCACUACAAUGGGAAAAGCUAGUUGACACUUGUAUCUGUCUUCUAGAUUUAGCUCUGCGCUUCGAUCUCCAAAAGGAAUCUUCUUCCCCGCGAGCUAUAGCUAUCUGCCUCGGAUUUCUUUACAGAUUACAUCAUGAAGCAAAGCUUCAGAAAUCUGAAAGAAGAACAGAAGAGGAAUUGACAAAGCAGCUCAAAAGACUGAGAAGAAGAUUUUUUAAGGACCAUUUGGGAAAUAUAGCUUAUUUUCCAGCCGUCUUGAAAGACAAAUAUAAAGGCUUCGCCAUGUCUCUCAGCACACUGGCCGGGCCCAACAACAACAGCCCAAAAUCGUUUCCGGAUAGUUUUCAAAUUGCUGCUGAAAAUCUCAACACCAUAAGAGAAAUAAAAUCAGAGAAAAAGCCACCCAUUCCUGAUAUCAAAGCAUUUGAAAAGACCGAUGCCUUCGGUUGGUCACUGCUCCACUAUGCUGCCCCUUUGACCUUAGACAUAUAUGAUAACAACUGGGAAACGAGCGACAGCUUUAUAUUUCUUAACUCCCGAGACCUCAUGGACUGGACACUUUUGCAUCAUGCUUGCUUCUUCGGCAACGAGACGAUGGUAAACAUGCUGCUCAAGUACCGAGCUCAAAUUGAGAUUGCUGGAAAAGAUGGAAUUACGCCAAUGCACUGUGCUGUUCAAAGUGGGAAAGCCAAAAUACUACAAAUAUUAGUGGAUGUGCUCGAAAAAAGACGCAAAACAAAUACUAGAAAGAGUGAACACUACGUGGAUCACAACGAGAGACACCCGAUUCACUGGGCUGCAGUCAAAGGAAACGUGGAGAUGGUUCGCAUAAUGGAAGACGAUAUUAGUCAAUCAGAUCGAUUCGGCUGGACUCCCCUUCAUCUUGCUGCAAUAUACGAGCACGAAAAACUACUCCGACACAUUUCUGAAGACCACACAGAAGUUAUAAAUGCAACUGACAAUGAACUCCGCACGCCUUUGCGUCUUGCUGUGGAAUACGAAUUAGUAGACGCCGUGAAGAUUCUACUUCAAGCCGGCGCGAAAGUGAACACCACUGCAAAAGAUGGCUUAACUCCGUUUCAUGUGGCAUUAAAGCAAAAAGAGAAACAAAUUCUCCAAAUUUUCCUGCAACAUGGAGCAAAUAUGGAUGUCCUGGAUACGGAAGGUCGUACGCCACUCUAUCAGUCUGUGGAAGAUGACGAAAUCGAAACGAUCAAGAUGUUAAUAGACAAAGGUGCAAAUGUUAAAAUAGCGAGAAAAGAUGGAAGAACGCCGCUACACGUUGCGCUCAGUCGUAGGCAAGAUGGGUUGGAAGUUGCAAAGAUAUUACUUCAAGCCGGUGCCGAUGUUAAUACCGAGGCUGAAGAUGGUGCAACUCAACCCGAAAUCGCCCAAGCUUUGCUCGAUAAGGGAGCCAACACGACGAUACUCAACUUUCGUGGCUUCUCACCGUUACAGCAAGCUUUGUACAGUGAAGAUCUUACAACAGCGCGGAAGUUGAUAGAGCAUGAUAAAAGGUCCACCACCAAAGCGGUUUUACAAAAGAGUGAGCGAGGUGAUACUCCGCUACACACACUGGCUGCCAGUAAUUGGCAAGAAGACACUAAGUGCAACUUGCUUGAAGGACUCCUGAGCAUUAGCCCAGAGAUCGAUAUCAAUGCGAAGAAUGAUAGAGGACAAACACCACUGGAUUUCGCGCUCUCUGGGGCAAGUGGCCUGUUCAUUGAUAAAUUGCUAGAAAUUGAUGCAAAGCCGGGUUCAACGUUUACGGAUAGAUUGUUUAUCAGAAGGUUGGAAGAGCAGGUACUAUGA